GUCCAUCGCUUUCGCGUCCCAGUAAAGAUUGAUCUUUUUUCCCUUCCUCUUGAUUAUGUAAGAUUUUGACCCGUAUCUUGAAUCUGAGAUUUCUAUGGUUUCCAAUAUCGAUCCGUUUCAAAGUUCCGUUAAUGACGUCUCCCAAUUUGUGUUAUGUGCAUGUAUUUUAUCGCUUUCUGGGCGGAUUUUAUCAGUUUUGCUUCUGAAUUCAAAGGAAAUUUUAGCCCAUAAGUUUCAUCUAUUGUUAGCGGAAUUCCCAUUGGAGAGUCCUAAUUCGUUAUGAUGAGGAAGAAGAGGAAAGGAAGUGAAACGGAAGCAUGUGAGAAUUUACAGAAUGAAGUAACACGUAGCCAUGAUAAGAAAUCAUCAAAUCUCAGGUCUCAUUAUUCUCUUGAAGAUUACAACAGGUUAAAGAAGAGAUGUAAAGAAGAUGCUGGCGAUGAACAUGUUAGCUCUUGCAAAAGUAGGCUUGCAGGAAUUGCCACUGCCCCACCUUGUGGUGCUUCAUCUACAUUGGUGCCACCUGGAAGAGGCCUCAAGAGGAAGAUAGGGUGUAUAGAUACUGCUACCCAGACAGGUAGAAAGAAUAAGAUUGAGGAUGACUAUGUUUCAGGUGCCACUAUCGGGCGUGGUAAAUUUGGUUCAGUUUGGUUGUGUAGGUCUAAGGCAACUGGAGUAGAAUUUGCUUGUAAGACUUUGCGGAAGGGUGAGGAGACAGUUCAUAGGGAGGUGGAGAUAAUGCAGCACUUGUCUGGCCAUUCUGGUGUUGUGACAUUGCAUGCUGUCUAUGAGGAGGCAGAAUGUUUUCAUCUUGUGAUGGAGCUAUGCUCUGGGGGACGUUUGAUUGACCAGAUGGUCAAAGAGGGUCAGUACUCAGAACAACGGGCUGCUAAUAUAUUUAAAGAUGUGAUGUCAGUUGUAAAGUAUUGUCAUGAUAUGGGAGUUGUGCACAGAGAUAUAAAACCAGAGAAUGUACUUCUCAUGAGCUCAGGGAAAAUAAAGCUUGCAGAUUUUGGCUUGGCCAUGAGAAUUUCAAAUUGUCAGACAUUGUCUGGAUUGGCUGGAAGUCCUGCUUAUGUUGCCCCAGAAGUUUUGUCGGGAAAUUACUCUGAGAAGGUUGAUAUAUGGAGUGCCGGUGUCCUUUUACAUUCUCUCUUGGUUGGUGUUCUUCCAUUUCAAGGGGACUCCUUAGAAGCUGUUUUUGAGGCAAUCAAGAAUGUAAAGCUUGAUUUCCACAGAGGGAUAUGGGAGUCCGUAUCUAAGCCUGCGCGUGAUCUAGUUUCAAGAAUGUUAACCAGGGAUGUUUCAGCAAGGAUAACUGCAGAUGAAGUGCUAAGGCAUCCGUGGAUUUUGUUCUACACUGAACGCACGUUAAAGACACUGUCCAUUAAGUCCAAAAUCAAGAAUCAAGUUGGACCAACUUCCUGUCAAUCUCCCAGUGUGCCUGUACCAGAGAUGCAUGCUAACAAAGUAGAUGGUGGCUCUCUUGGUGAGGAUUCAAAUCACCAUUUGUCAUCCGGUAGUUGGAACAGCGCGUCAGAAGAGCAGGAUGACUUCGAUUUGGUGGAUGCAAUUACAGUGGCUGUUUCCCAUGUCCAGAUUUCGGAGCCAAAGAGAAGCAGGCUGUGCGGACCCACAGGUCCAAUAGAGCAGCAGCAUUCAUCUAACCUGACGGCUAACAAUCUCUGUAGAGCAUUUUGAUUCUAACACCCUAACUACAGUAUCUCCACUGUCUUCUUUAAAACUAACAUGCCUCGGUGCAACUUUGAGACUUAGGUGGAAAAGAUGGCCGGAGAUCAGCAUAACCAAACCAUAUCUGUGCAAUAUAUGUUGGUAUUUCUUUGGAUGGAUGACUCCCAAUGCUUACUGUAUUGGAAAUCUUGCCUAAUAAUGGUUUUAGGCCUGAUGGAAUUGGGUAAUUGAUGUACAGCAUCUGUAAAUAGAAUGUUAGCGAGCAAUUUUAUGAUUUAAUUUUUCUU